AUGACGAGACUAGGUCCUUUGACGGCGCAGGCUCUGGGCCGGUCGCCGUUUGACGAUGUGGUCGAAGGCGAAGGAGAAGCCGACCCUCGGGCACCUGAGCAGGAAUACGACAGUCGCGGCCGACCGAUGAACCCCGAGACGAAGCGAAUGAAUCGCGACAUGGUGCGGGCUCAUAACGAGGUCAUGCAAGUCAUAGGAGUCGCGGAGUCCGACAAUGCACCCUCCACUGCAGAGGUCGACUCGGUACGGCGAUACUUUAACUACGAAGAUGCUGUCGGCACUCGGCUGCUCCGUUUCGGACGAGCACUGGAGAUAGGAGGAGUCUGGGGCAUCAACGGCAUGCGACUGCGCAUUCUUCUCUACAAGCGCUACGCCGACAUCUCUUUUUUCGAGCUCCUUCAAAAGGAGAUUGGCCAGCGCUCGAUCGCGAGUUCUCUCGGAACCGGCCUGCCCACCUUUCUCAGCGGCCACGCCUUCAAGAUGGCGACAUACUACUUGUAUCCUUUCCCCAGAAAAAACAAGUUGAUCAACGCCGGCCUGUCAUACAUUCGAGUGCAUCUUCAGCUUUACGUCUUCCUUCAGAGGCUGGACAUCAUACCCUCUAACAAAUGGUUUCCGUCUUUGAGUUUCUUCAUUCCGGGAUCAUCUUCGUCACCUAUUGCGGCCCCCGAACCACCACCGGACUUCAGCGCAGCGUCUUUGGCGCGAUAUGCUGGCGCGUGGGCUUUCAACGCUCUUCCCUUCGUAUCGUUCGUCAUUUGGGGACAGGUCUGGACUGAAGUCACCGGACAUUUGUGGCAAGAGUUCUAUGGACGACUGCCGAACACAGUUCACCAGCGCAAGCCUCCGCCACCACCUCUUCCACCGCAGGCGCCGAUCGCCCAAAUUCCCGACCCGGAGCCAGAGCUUGAGCCAGCGCAUGAAGAGCCUUUCUCCGAGGUGCACGACGAAACGAAUGAUGACAUCACCCAGGAGACCAGCGAAGCAGCCCCGGUCCAGGCAGUCCGUCGCCCGAGCACGUUUUCAGCUAGAGGGGAUGAUUACGGCAGCGAUGAUGAAGAGGAUGGAGGUGUCAGCGCAACCCUGAUCAGCUUCGACGUUGAAGCUACAGAGUCGACCGACGCUCCUCCGGGAUUAUGGUCCGCCGAGCUUCGACCCAGCGCUGGUCCAGAAGGAUCUGGCUAUGGCCACACCGUGCAGUACCUGGACACCAUGCUGACCAGGCUCCCCGCAUGUCUGGCGUCUGACAUCUUCACGGUCAUAUCUGGAUAUAUUCUAGUAUCGCCGUAUGAAGCUUUUGCUCUGCGUCUGGUCGCGAGGUCCUACCGUCAUAGAAUGGGGCUUCCCUUAAAUGACAUCCAUGAGAUCAAUAUCUUCAGUGGCAUGACUAUGAGAGGGGUCACGAAUUUCCUCGGAUUGGAAUUCAUACAUCUUGUGAUUGCAGGCGAGCUUUGGGCUCUGGUCACGGGCCUUGCCCAUUGGUUUCAUCUCACGGAAGAAGAGUGGAAGUUGUUUAAUGAACUGGAUGAGCAAGAAGCCGCUGAAGAACGCCGCCGACAGCAGGAUUAG